UGGUGGAGCCCGGGGCAGAGCCACUGAAGAGGAGGACUAUCGAGCUGUGAAUACUUUCCAAAGACGCUGUGGAGUUAAAAAACAACACAACAACUGAGGAUAUUCUUCUUUAAAGCGACGUAAAGCUAUUUUUACUUUGUUUUUUCCCGCUUUUGCUGCACAUUUUAAGUUGUUUUUGUGUUUUUUUUCGUUCCUGAGUAAUUUCCUGUGGGAAAAGAAGAGAGAGGGAAAGUGUAUCGCUUUUGUUUGGAUUUAUGUAACGUAAAAAAAAAACUUGGAAGUUAAAGUGUGGGUUUAAGAGAAGUCUGGCUUUGUUUCCUGACGUUAGUGCGGAUAACCUGGGAGUACUCCUGCCGCCCUUCCGUGGAAAAGACACCCGGACCCACGCUAUGUGCAACAAAGAAACCCUCUCAACUACUGCACAAGUUAUUUAGUAACCAGCGAGCACACUCCGCUUAAAAUACACGGAUUCACACAGUUCCAGGAAAUGGGAAUAACACCGGGAUGGAAGGGGAAUUAUAAAUGAGUCUUGUGGAAAAACAAAGAAGGACACAGAGAGAGAAAUGGAGGAGGAAGGCUGUCUGGAGCCAAACAAGAUACUCUCUGUGUUAUCUUAACAAAGCUCAGCUCCGCGUUUAGCAGCGAAACAUUUCCUGUGCCCAUGCUGCGGUGGUUCUCUGUGUGAACAUGAAGGUGGAUGUAUUGAGGUUGUUUGUGAUUUUACUGCUCGGUGGAGGCUGUGGAGGUUCGGCGGUAUCAUCUGAUUGCAAAUCAUAUGAAGAGCGCUCCAAAAGCGGGGGGAAGAGCCUGCCGUCCGACCGGAAAGUGGUGUGCAGCAACAUGGAGCUCCAUCAGGUGCUCCCCCCGGACUCCUUCCCCAACAGGACCGUCACCCUAAUUCUGAACAACAACAAGAUUCAAGAACUCCGAAAUGGAUCCUUCUUUGGAUUGUCUACAUUGGAGAAAUUGGACCUGCGGAGUAACAUGAUCAGUCGCAUUGAGCCUGGAGCUUUCCUCGGACUGCCGGCACUCAAAAGGCUGGACUUGUCUAACAACAGCAUCGGCUGUCUCAACGUGGACAUCUUCAAGGGCCUCACCAAUCUGAUCAGACUAAACCUUUCAGGGAACAUCUUUUCCUCCUUGGCUCAGGGGACCUUUGACAGCUUGGCGUCUCUGAAGUCACUGGAGUUCCAGACGCCGUUCCUGCUGUGUGACUGCAACCUGACGUGGCUGCUGCGCUGGAUCAGAGACAGGAACAUGGUGGUGAAGAACACAAAGUGCUCCUUCCCUCAGUCUCUGCAGGGCCAGCUCAUCACCUCCAUCAAGCCCGAGCUGCUCACCUGUGACGCCCCCCUGGAGCUGCCCUCCUUCCAGCUGACCCCCUCCCAGCGCCAGGUGGUGUUUCAGGGGGACAGCCUCCCCUUCCAGUGCCAGGCGUCCUUCGUGGCCGAGGACAUGCAGGUGCUGUGGUACCAGAACGGCCGCAUGGUCAAACAAGACGCCGCGCAGGGCAUCUUCAUCGAGAAGCACAUGGUGCAGAACUGCUCUCUCAUCGCCAGUGCGUUGACCAUCUCCAACAUCCAGCCGGGGUUCACUGGGAACUGGGAGUGCCGGGUCAGGACGAGCAGAGGCAACACCACCAGGACGGUCCACAUCGUGGUGCUGGAGAGUUCUGCAGAGUACUGCGCUCCUGAACGCAUCUCCAACAACAAGGGAGAGUUCAAGUGGCCUCGCACUCUGGCGGGGAUCAGAGCGUACCUGCCCUGCAACAGACUGCCGUCGAGCGCCGGAACGUACUCGGGCAGCUCGGGUGAGGAGCAGAAAGCGUGGAGAUACUGCGACCACAAAGGGCUGUGGACGGAGGAGGACUACUCCCGCUGCCAGUUCCAGAAGGACGUCACCAGAUUUCUGUUCGUCAUCAACCAGAUGCCUCUGAAUGAGAGCAACGUGGUUGCCCGGGCUCGCCGCCUGCUCGUCUACACCGUCGAGGCCGCCAACUUCUCCGACAAGAUGGACAUCAUCUUCGUGGCGGACAUGAUCGAGAAGUUUGGCAAGUUUGUCGAGAAGUUUAAAGAUCUGGGUGAGGUGAUGAUCAGCAUGGCCUCCAACCUGAUGCUGGCUGAUGAGCGCGUGCUGUGGAUGGCUCAGCGUGAAGCCUCAGCGUGUUCUCGCAUCAUCGCCUGCCUGCAGAAGAUCGCCGUCUACCGCCUGGCCACGGCACAGGCCUUCUCCCUGACCUCCCCCAACAUCGCGCUGGAGGCUCACGCUGUCAGGGCGGCCGACUGGAACGGGAUGACCUGCAUGUUGUUCCAGAGGCCGAGCCCGGAGCGCUCGCCGGGGGGGGAUCGCCAGCUCACCUUCAAAUGCAACACCACCAGCUCCUUCUCCAGCAUCCUGCACAAGAGCACCAUAGUGGAGGCCUCCCUGCAGCUUCCUCAGGCCCUCUUCACCCCCGCUGCGCUCCCCGGGCACCCUGAGGACACCGUCUACAAGCUCCACCUCCUGGCCUUCCGCAACGGCAAGUUCUUCCCCUCCACCAGCAACUCCUCCCAGCUAGCUGACGGGGGGAAGAGGAGGAGUGUGGCCACCCCCGUCAUCAUGGCCAAGAUUGACGGCAUGUCCCUGCGUGUCCUGAGGUCUCCCGUGAACAUCACCCUGCGGCGGUUUGCCCGCGGCUCAGACGCCGUGUCCGCAUGCUGGAACUUCAGCCUGGUGGGGGGGCAAGGAGGGUGGCGGAGCGACGGCUGCCGCAUCCUGGAUCAUCACGACAACUUCACCACCAUAUCCUGCAACUCACUGGGAAACUACGCCCUGCUGAUGGACCUCAGCAGUGUGGAGUUUUUCUCUCCCAGCAUCCGGCCCCUGCACCCUGUCAUCUACGCCACAACCAUCAUACUCCUGAUCUGCCUGCUCACCAUUACCAUCAGCUACAUCUACCAUCACAGGUCUGUCCGUGUGAGCCGCAAGUUUUGGCACAUGCUGGUCAACCUCUGCUUCCACAUCUGCCUCACCUACGGGGUCUUUGUCGGGGGAAUAAAUCAGACGCGUUAUGCAAGCGUGUGCCAGGCAGUUGGGAUCUUGCUGCAUUACUCCACUCUGGCCACCGCUCUGUGGGUGGGGGUGACGGCACGCAACAUUUACAAACAGGUGACCCGAAAGGCCAAGCGCUACGAAGAGCUGGACGAACCUCCACCACCACCACGGCCGAUGCUGAGGUUCUACUUAAUCGGCGGAGGGAUACCCAUCAUUGUCUGUGGAAUCACUGCAGCAGCAAACAUCAAGAACUACGGCAGCCGGACCAAUGCCCAAUAUUGCUGGAUGGCCUGGGAGCCCAGUAUCGGGGCUUUUUACGGCCCUGUGGGAUUCAUCAUCUUCGUGGACUGCAUGUACUUCCUCAGCAUCCUCCUGCAGCUGCGCCGCCACCCUGAGCGCCGCUACGAGUUCAAGGAGCUGACGGACGAGCAGCAGCACCUGGCUCUAGUCCACAGCGAGGGGGGGGCCGAUGCUCCCAGCAGCCACUGCCAUCCCCUCACUCUGCAGCUGCAGCCUGAGGGAUCCUCCUCUGUGGGCUCCGCUCCACACUCGGUGCCGCUGUCGGCUCUGGAGAACGAGCACACCUUCGCCGCUCAGCUGAUGGGGGCGGUGGGGGCGCUGGGGCUGUACGCCGCCCUCUGGGUGUUCGGGGCCAUGGCCGUCUCGCAGGAGCACCCCUUCGACUUGGCCUUCACCUGCCUCUACGGGGUGGCUGCGCUGGCUCUGGGGGCCUUCAUGGUGGCCCAUCACUGUGUUAACAGACAGGAUAUGAGGCGCUACUGGUCCCAGGCCUGUUGCUCGGGGAGACGGGCCUACUCUGCCCAGGAGGACGUGCUCCUGCCUCAGCCGGGCGUAGCCAUGACGUCGACAGCAGGGUCAGCGAGCAAAGCAGACGGGGAGUCGACGCGGUGCGGCCAGAGCAGCGCAGACUCUUCUUACACCAAUAAAAGCGGCCCCAGCGUGCGUAACUCCGCCCACGGCAGCAAGCUGACCAAUCUGCACGCAGAGGCGGCGCAGUGUAAGACCGCCUCGGCACCGGUGACCGCCAACGGUGCAGCUGUUUUAGACAACAGCCUGACGGAACAUUCUAUAGACAAUGAAAUAAAAAUGCACGUGGCUCCGCUGGAGGUGCAGUUCCGCCCGAUGAACAACAUCAACAAUCCGGCCGCGCUUCCCAACGGACACGUGGGCAGGCAUCACAAAAACAGAGCGCGGGCGCACAGGGCCAGCCGGCUGACGGUGCUGCGGGAGUACGCCUACGACGUGCCCACCAGCGUGGAGGGCAGCGUGCAGAGCGCCAAUCACAGGCGCCACCAUCAUUACGACGUAGCGGCGCGCAACAGUCGCCGUGCGGCCUACAUGGCGUACAGGGAGCGCCACCAGAGCCAGCAGCAGCACGACAGCAGCGACAGCGCCAGCCUGCCGCGCCGCCCGCGCCACGCAGACAAGGGAGGGGGCGGCGCGCUGGGGAACGGGACGGUGGUGACGGUGGAGAAGGAGCAGGUCGCUGCUGAUGCUGCUGCGGGGUCCGACGCCAGUAAAGACUCUGACCCUGUCCCGCAGCCCGACACUGAACUAGAGACACAGCCCAAAUCUUACGGGCUGAACCUCAUCACUCAGAACGGUGGAACAGUCAAAGAAAACGGACAGCUUGUGCCUUUACUAACCACAGAGAGUGCAGCCAGUAUAAAGACCGGCCUGUGGAAACAUGAAACUACUGUGUAGCGACAGUUUCCGUACCCAAAGACUGAAUCGCCUUUAAACUGUGAAAUGCUUUUGUUUUUUUCUAUUGUACAUUUAUUUUAUCAAAUCAUUACUGCCACUGAACUAUCUCUGUAGAUAUGUUUUUUUUGUAAAUGGUCUAUUUUUAUAACUUUAAUCCAAACCUUGUUGUGCCAUUCUAAGAGUUGUGUAAUUGAAACUGCAUACCCUUACUCCCGGGGAUUUAUUUUCCAUUUAAUAGUUUGCCCCAACAAUAAUAAAACAAAAGUGUUGUACACCUAA